CGUCGUUUGCCCUUUAUUACUACCCUUACAUCACAUUAUAAACCAACCCCACACGCACGCAUACGCGAUCGAACACCGAUCUACAAAUUUCUAGGGUUUUCUCCCACCAUUAUCGUCCUUCGAUCGAUCGAUCUCUCUCCAACGCUCCCCGGUCGAAUCCAAUCCAAGCACUUCGCCCAUGGCGGAAUCGGAAUCGGAACCCCAAUCCGUGGAGAUCAGCCAUGAAGAGGAGGAGGGGGAGGAGAUGAAGGGGAAGGGGCUCAAGUACCUGGAUUUCGUACGCGUGGCGGCGAUCCAGGCGGUGAUGUGCUUCGCGAGCGUGUACGAGUUCGCGAAGGAGAACGCGGGGCCGCUGAAGCCCGGGGUGCAAACCGUGGAGAGCGCCGUUAGGGCCGUGGUGGGGCCCGUCUACGACAGGCUCCACGACGUCCCCUUCGAGCUCCUCAAGUUCGUCGAUCGCAAGGUGGACGACGUGGCACAGGAGCUGGACCGGCACGUGCCGUCUCUGGUGAAGUCGGCGUCGGCCCAGGCGUGCGCGGUGGCGCAGAGCGCGCCGGAGGUGGCACGGUCGCUUGCCGGGGAGGUGCAGCGCUCUGGGGUGUCGGGCGUGGCGCGGGCAGCAUACGAGAGGUGCGAGCCCGCUGCCCGGGAGCUGUGCGCCUGCUACGAGCCGGCGGCCGAGCGGUGCGCGGUGGCGGCGUGGCGGUCGCUCAACCGCCUCCCGCUCUUCCCCCAGGCCGCGCAGAUCCUCGUGCCCAGCGCCGCCUACUGGGCCGACAAGUACAACCGUGCCGUCCAGUGCGCCGCCGAGCAGGGGUACUCUGCGGCGCGGUACCUGCCGCCGAUCCCCACAGAGCGGAUCGCCAAGGCGUUCGGGAACGGCUGCGGUGAGCGGGCGGAGGCGCGCCCAACAACGGCGAGUGACGCACCUACCGAACCAGCUGCCGCAGAGGAUGCACCUCCAGCAACAGGGGACAAGGAAGAGUGACGUAAUUUUAUUACGGUAGAUGUAGCCACCGGAAAAAAAAAAAAAA